GUCGAUGAUACACACAACUUCAACCCCCAAAAAAAAAAAUGAAAAGAAAAGAAAUGAUGCACUCGACAUCUUAAGCGCUAGCUUGCAGUCGUCAACCAAUGGAACCCCGAGACAAGAGUGAUUCCUAAUUCCGAGGUUUUCCAAGAUUCCAAGGCAAGGUCGAUUGCAUUGCACUCGCUGUAACUUUACUUAGCAAGACAGAGGAGAAGCUGGGUGUCCCCUGGAAAAACUGACAAACGGGAAGCGGACGCUCUUGCCACAGAGUUGGCGAAGUUUCCUUUGUCUGGUCACCUCACAUGUGCUUCCCCCUCACUCAACGACAGAAAGCAAUUAGGGCUUGUUCUUGUGCCUUCCUCCUUCAUUCGAUCAACUCUCUCGCAGAUUUUUGGCCCAAUUCUCGAUUUUGCGAAGAUGGGUCUGUGGGAUUCCCUUCUCAACUGGCUCCGGAGCUUAUUCUUCAAACAAGAAAUGGAGCUUUCCCUCGUCGGCCUUCAGAAUGCUGGAAAGACCUCUCUAGUUAAUGCCAUAGCUACUGGAGGCUAUAGUGAAGACAUGAUCCCGACGGUUGGGUUCAACAUGAGAAAAGUUACGAAAGGAAAUGUCACGAUAAAGCUGUGGGAUCUUGGGGGGCAACGAAGAUUCCGGACCAUGUGGGAGCGCUAUUGUCGCGGUGUCUCUGCGAUCCUAUAUGUUGUUGAUGCUGCUGAUAGAGACAGUGUCCCUAUUGCUCGAAGCGAACUUCACGAACUUUUGACCAAGCCAUCCUUGAGCGGAAUCCCUCUACUUGUGCUUGGCAACAAGAUUGACAAGUCUGAAGCUCUUUCAAAGCAAUCCUUGGUGGAUCAACUAGGUCUAGAAUCGAUCAAAGAUCGAGAAGUCUGCUGCUACAUGAUCUCGUGCAAGGACUCCAUCAACAUAGAUGUUGUCAUCGAUUGGCUCAUCAAGCACUCGAGAACCACAAGAUGAUCGAUGAACAAGGUGAACCCUAUCCUACUCAAGUUUAAGAGCUUCAAGUGGGUGAGCUGCUGAUGGGCACCAAUUAGCGGAAGCCUUUUUCCAUAGCAUUUGUUCCUUAAUCUUUGGUUUGGGUCCAAAUAAAUUGGUCUGUACAGUACUUGAAACAGUUGAGGCCUUGGAAUUGCUUUAUUCAAUUCGAUUUUUGGGUGGUUCGAUCA